AUGUCUUCUUCAGCUUCCCCAAUCCCGCAGACUAUGAAAGGUGUUUUGAUUGAGAAGACCGGUGGGGUGGAGGUCUUGGAUUUUAAGACGGAUUUACAGGUUCCGGUGCCGAAGGAGGGAGAGCUUUUGGUGAAGAAUGAGUUUGUGGGGAUUAAUUAUAUUGAUACCUAUUUCCGCACUGGUCUCUACCAGUCCCCCAAGCCUGAAAUCCUCGGCCGCGAAGCCGAAGGUACCAUUGUCUCCCUAGGUCCCUCCACAACCACCAACCUCAAACCCAACGACCGAGUAGUUUACAUGGGAACCUCAACCUAUGCAGAAUACACCGUGGUCCCCGCAUCCAAAGUACACAUUGUCCCGUCUGAACUCUCUCCCGGCAUAGCAGCCGCCGCCUUUCUCCAAGGUCUCACAGCUCUAACCCUCAUUCGCGAAGCUUACCAUGUUCAACGCAAUGAUUGGAUUUUGGUUCAUGCAGCUGCUGGUGGUGUGGGUUUAUGGUUAUGUCAAUUGUUGAAGGUGGUAGGGGCGAGAGUUAUUGCAACGGCUAGUUCGAAAGAGAAAUUGGAGUUGGCGAAGGAAAAUGGGGCCGUGGUGGGCAUUAAUAAUAAGACAGAGGAUAUUGUGAAAAGGGUUCUUGAGAUUACAGGGGGUGAGGGAGUUCAAGCGGUUUUUGAUAGUGUGGGGAAGGACACUUUUGAGGGAGAUUUGGAGGUUACUGCUAGAAAGGGAACGGUGGUUAGUUUUGGUAAUGCGUCCGGCGCAGUCCCCCCAUUCCCAAUCUCCAAACUGUCAGCAAAAAAUCUCAAGGUUCUCCGUCCAACACUCUUCAACUACAUAGCCACUCGUGAAGAAUUCGAACGAUACUCUGCUGAGUUAUUUGAUUUUAUUAUUAAGGAUAAGUUGAAUGUGAGGAUUCAUGAAAUUUAUCCGUUGGAGGAGGUGAGAAGAGCACAUACGGAUAUUGAGGGAAGGGGGACGACGGGGAAAUUGUUGUUGAAGGUUUAG